AUGUCCGCGCCACCAGAACUGAAUCGACAAGAGGAUGAAUCACAGACAGACGCCCAAUCAAUAAUUGAAUCAGCUUCCUCACCUACACCGACCAUACGUCAUUCUCAACAACAGUCACAAAUUCCAACGGCCGCUCAAACUUUCGCUGAUAUAUUGAAAUCCCAACCGCCCAAUCAGACGGGAGAGAAUAUGUCAUCGUUAGCACCUGAGCUUAAAAGAUCGAAUAGUGCCCAACAGCAGGAAGCUCUAGGGAAAGGUAGACCGGGAAGUUCAGGUUCGAAUAAUACCACUAAAGAUGAAGAUGAACAGGUGAGUAAUCCAUUCAUUCAUUCAUUCAUUCAUUCAUUCAUUCAGUAG